AUGCCUUCCGAACCGUCGACUGCGGGCAUCGUCACAGACGAGAACAGCGGCGAGCGCCGCAUCCCAGAAUCCGUGCGCGCAGACGGUACCACAAGGAAAGCGAUUAAGAUCCGCCCCGGGUACAGGCCGCCAGAGGACGUCGAGCUCUACAAGAACCGCACCGCCGAGUCGUUCCGCAACCGCGGCAAAGGCGGCGUCAUCGGAGCAGAAGGAUUAAAGGAACAAAAGCAGGAAACAGCCGCUGCCUCCGCCGCCAGCAACAAAAACGCCAAGCGCCGAGAAGCGAGGAAGAAGGCAAAGCAGUCGCAAGAUCCCGCCGAAGCGGCCAAUAGCAAUGCUUCUGGGGACACGAACGCCGCCAACGCCGAGGAAGUUGUCGACCCAGAAGCCGAGAGAGAAAAGAAGGCCCGAAAUCUAAAGAAGAAGCUGAAGCAAGCGAAGGACCUGAAGAGCAAGAAGGAAGGCGGCGAAUCCCUUCUGCCAGAGCAGAUAGCCAAGGUCAUCAAGAUUAACGAGCUUGUGAGGGAGCUUGAAGCGCUCGGUUUCGAUGCCGACGGUGAACCCAAGACAAACGCGGAUGCGGCGCCAGAGACAGCAAAGGAGGGUUGA